GCGGAGAAAACUCCCGAAGCAGGGGAGAGGGCUUGGAAGCGUCUCAGACCAUAUUGGGGACGUCUGGUAGCCAGAGGCGCCGAACCCCGCCCCCGCGCGCUCUGGGGCUCCCGGGGGAGCGCCUCGGCCUGCGGCUGCUGCCACAACUUCGGAGCCCGCGGCCCCGACUGCCCGUCACCAUUGACCCCCGGCCGGCAACCCAGAGUCCUGCCAGGCCCCCAAAAGUCCCCGGGGCCACAGACAGCACGUCUCACCAGCCCCGCCAAGCUCCCGAUCUCCCCCUCUGUCUGGAGUGGUGCGACCCGGCCCCGCCCCCUGACGCUAGCGAGGGGCGUGGCUUCCAUCACGUGACGGGGAGUGACCUCGCCGCCGGGCGCCAUGGGGGCUUCGGACCCGGAAGUGGCGCCCUGGGCUCGCGGCGGUGCCGCGGGGAUGGCGGGAGCUGGAGCUGGAGCCGGAGCUCGCGGCGGCGCGGCGGCGGGGGUCGAGGCCCGAGCUCGCGAUCCACCGCCUGCGCACCGCGCACAUCCGCGCCACCCUCGGCCUGCGGCUCAGCCCUCGGCUCGCAGGAUGGACGGCGGAUCGGGGGGCCUGGGGUCUGGGGACAACGCCCCGACCACUGAGGCUCUUUUCGUGGCACUGGGCGCGGGCGUGACGGCGCUCAGCCAUCCGCUGCUCUACGUGAAGCUGCUCAUCCAGGUGGGUCAUGAGCCGAUGCCCCCCACCCUUGGGACCAAUGUGCUGGGGAGGAAGGUCCUCUACCUGCCGAGCUUCUUCACCUACGCCAAGUACAUCGUGCAAGUGGAUGGUAAGAUAGGGCUGUUCCGAGGCCUGAGCCCCCGGCUGAUGUCCAACGCCCUCUCCACCGUGACCCGGGGUAGCAUGAAGAAGGUUUUCCCUCCAGAUGAGAUCGAGCAGGUUUCCAACAAGGAUGACAUGAAGACUUCCCUGAAGAAAGUUGUGAAGGAGACCUCCUAUGAGAUGAUGAUGCAGUGCGUGUCCCGCAUGUUGGCCCACCCCCUGCAUGUCAUCUCAAUGCGCUGCAUGGUCCAGUUUGUGGGACGGGAGGCCAAGUACAGUGGUGUGCUGAGCUCCAUUGGGAAGAUUUUCAAAGAGGAAGGGCUCCUGGGAUUCUUUGUUGGAUUAAUCCCUCACCUCCUGGGCGAUGUGGUUUUCUUGUGGGGCUGUAACCUGCUGGCCCACUUCAUCAAUGCCUACCUGGUGGAUGACAGCUUCAGCCAGGCCCUGGCUAUCCGGAGCUAUACCAAGUUCGUGAUGGGGAUCGCAGUGAGCAUGCUGACCUACCCCUUCCUGCUAGUCGGCGACCUCAUGGCUGUGAACAACUGCGGGCUGCAGGCUGGGCUCCCACCUUACUCCCCGGUGUUCAAAUCCUGGAUUCACUGCUGGAAGUACCUGAGUGUGCAGGGCCAGCUCUUCCGAGGCUCCAGCCUGCUUUUCCGCCGGGUGUCAUCAGGAUCAUGCUUUGCCCUGGAGUAACCUGAAUCAUCUAAAAAACACAGUCUCAACCUGGCCACGGUGGGUGAGGCCUGACCAUCUUAGGACACCUGCAAGACGACUCCAACCCAGCAACAACCAGAUGUGCUCCAGCCCAGCCGGGCUUCAGUUUCCAUAUUUGCCAUGUGUCUGUCCAGAUGUGGGGUUGGGCGGGGGUGGGGCUGCACCCAGUGGAUUGGGUCACCUGCCAGACCUGGGGAAGGUGGGGUGAGGUGGGGAGUUGGCAGACUCCCCAUAUCUCCCAGAUUUGCUGAGUCUGUCUAAUGCAGAGGGCCAGAGAAUGGCUUGUGGGGGCCCAGGUUGGAUGGGGAAAGGCUAAUGGGGUCGGACCCCACCCCGUCUACCCCUCCAGUCAGCCCAGCGCCCAUCCUGCAGCUCAGCUGGGAGCAUCAUUCUGCUGCUUUGUAAAUAGGGCGGAUCCCCUGGCACACGGCCACCAUCAUGUCUAGGCCUAUGCUAGGACGCAAAUGCCAGGCUCUGCCUGCGUUUUUCUCAACACUAAUGAUAUGAGGGCAGCACCUGCCUCUGAAUGGGAAAUCAUGUGACUACUCAGAAUGUGUCCUCCUCAUCCAGUGCUCAUCUGUUGAAUGGUGAUGCCUCGCGCGCAGGAUCUGGUUACCUGUGCAGUUGUGAAUACCCAGAGGUUGGGCAGAUCAGUGUAUCUAGUCCUAUCCAGUUUUAAAGUUCAUAGUAAGAUCUGACCCCAUCUCCCACAAAUAAAUGUAUUGGUGGUGAUUUGGA